AUGGAGGAGGGCCAACCAAGUUUCCCUCCUGGAAACCAACUUCCUCUUUAUGUUCUCCUUCAGGUUGGCCUGCUAAUCAAACAGGCUACUGGGAAAAGCAAGCUGAAGAGAGUUACACUGGAAUUGGGAGGAAAGAGUCCUUGCAUUGUAUUUGCUGAUGCUGACUUGGAUAAUGCUGUGGAAAUGGCACACCAUGGUCUGUUCUUCCACCAGGGACAGUGCUGCAUUGCUCCAUCGAGGCUUUUUGUGGAAGAGUCUAUUUGUGAUGAGUUUGUUCAGAGGAGUGUAGAACGUGCCAAGAAAUACACACUGGGGAAUCUUCUGAACCCAGGAGUACAGCACGGCCCUCAGAUUGAUAAAGAGCAAUACAAUAAAAUACUUGACCUCAUUGAGAGUGGGAGGAAGGAAGGAGCCAAACUGGAAUGUGGAGGAGGACCAUGGGGAGACAAAGGUUUAUUCAUCCAGCCUACAAUUUUCUCCAAUGUUACUAAUGAGAUGCUCAUCACCAAAGAAGAGAUAUUGCCCAAUAAACUCCUUCUUCCAUUGACUCUCCAUUAUUUUAAAGAACAACAGGCAGAAUUGAUUGACAAAGUGAUUAGGACUAGCCCACAAAUGUUGAAGAAAGAGACCUCAGUAAAUCCAGCAGAUCGGACUGUUCCUGCCCCACUCGUUGUUCAAUUGGGUCUGACUCUUCAUGAUCCCGUUUGGGGUUUACCUGACAGACACUAA